CUGGUCUGCUGUGUUCCUGCAGCUCCACACUGUGUUAUCUCUACUUUGAUCUCCCUGGAAACUUCAUACCAAGUGCUCUCCAUUUAGGAGUUUGACAGCAACCAGAGAUUCAUCUUCGUUGUUGUGUCUGUAUUAACAGAAUGAAUGGACCUCCUCCGAGCCCUCAUGGCCAUCUGAGCCCCUUCUACUACAUGUCUCAGAGAAUGCAGGAUGUGACCGGUGAUGGUGGUGUUCUGAAGGAGAUUCUCCGACCUGGCUCGGGCAGUGUUAUCCCAUCGACUGCCUCCGUGUCUGUUCACUACAGUGCCUACAGUGAAUAUACAGAUAAACCCUUCGAUUCCAACGUGCAGAGGGAUGUCCCAAGGUUCAUGAAGCUUGGCCGAGAUAUCACCCUGCUCGGUAUGGAGCUGGCCAUCCAGACCAUGAGGAAGGGCGAAUUUGCCAGGUUUCUAUUCAAGCCGCAGUACGCGUACGGCCAAUUGGGCUGUCCCCCACGAAUCCCAGCAAAUGCCACGGUCAUGUUCGAAUUGGAGAUCCUGCAUUUUGUGGACACCUUGGAGUCUGAUGAAUACUUCAUGCUGUCGCAGGAAGAGCAGAUUACUUAUCCUGUGGAGAAACUCCUGAAAGUGGCCAGUACGGAGCGGGAGUUUGGGAAUUAUUUCUUCCAACUGCGGCGGUAUGAGGAUGCGAAGGACCAGUAUAAGAAGGCUCUGUCGGUGUUUGCACAUCGUCGUGAAACUGACGAGCAAAUGCAGGAAAUUCACUCGUCUAAGUUAUUGCUGUACCUAAACCUGUCACUAGUCAGUCUCAAGCUGAAUGUACCUAGACGGGCUCUGGUUUAUGGAGAGAGAGCUCUCGGCAUCGAAAGCAAGAACCCCAAAGCACUGUUCAGGUGUGGCCAGGCCUGCAUACUGCUGCUGGAGUAUGACAAAGCCAAGGACUUCCUGCUGAGGGCACAGAAACUGGAGCCAUUCAAUCCUGAUGUGAACUGUGCCCUGGUGAAGCUGGACAGAUGCUACAGAGAGUGGGGCCUGAAGGAGAAGGAGAUGUGUAGCAGGAUGUUUGCUGCCUGGGAACCUGCAGCAGUGAAAGAUUAAGGUCUCCUCCAAUAACUCUGGACAAUUUAAUAGAGGAGUGGGACCAGUUUACACAGAGAAGACCAUCUAAAACCUACAAAUGUUUGAAAAAGAAAUGCUCAUUUCAGUUUGUUAAAAUGUUUCACAAUACUGAAGUUAAUUGGUUUCUGUAAAUCUCACAUACUUUAGUUAACACCCUUCUUUGUGACCAUUUAUACUUCCUGAGACCCAGGAAGGGAGUCAGUGAUAGCUGCUGACACCAGACUCUUCACAUACACUGCUCCACAUCUCCUUUGGAAACUCUUGAGAUUAAUGGUUCAUUACCAAGUAGUAAAAACAGGUAAAAUUUCUUGGAAAAGUUGUUACAGUGAGCGAUGUUGAACAUACCUAGUUCAGGUCAUGACAACUUUAAUGGAAUGAAAGCAGUAAUUGCUAGAGACCCUCAGCAGCUCUAGUGGUAACUAUGGACUGAAAGCAGAAUUAAUGUCUUCAGAACAGAGAAGGGCCACUGGACCCGAGAUAUCAACUCUGCAUCCUCACCACAAUCACUGCCGGACCUGCUGACGUUCUCCAGCAGUUUCUCGUUUAAUUUGAGAUUUCCCGCUUCCGUAGGUGUUUGUUUUACCACUUUAAUGGAAUUUGAUUUAAAUGCUCAAAGAUGGGCACUUUUUCAAUUUGAGAAGUAUUUGCUGAUGGCACACACAGACUUCAGUUCCCACACUGGUCGAGAGGCAUCGGUCACGCAAUGAAGGAAUGACUCAACCUGAACUGGCAGUCCCUUUUCUG